GACCUCCGAAAUGUCUGGUAAUUAUCUGUAGUGAUCAGCAAAAUAAAAAUGAUAAAAAAAAAAAGCAACCGAGGGCAGCUUACAUUCAAUACUUAAAACUGUCAAGUAAAAAUAUCUAGUUUUGUGAGUGAGUGGGGAUGAAGGGAACGCCGACAGAAGAAACAACUUUUGACAGAUUUGUUGAACUCGUAAUUCUAUUAAAAAAACAGGAGCUCUUAUGCUAAAUUUACAUUCACUCCAAUAUGCACGGACAUAGGGGAACCAGAAGCUUCUCUUGAGAAUACGCGCAAUAGUGGACAUAAAAGCAGUUUUGUCUCGAGACCAUAAAAAGAGAGAGAUUAAUAUUUACUCGACGAUUAAGUUGAUGACACGCAUAACAUAAAACGAAAAUUACAUGUAGUGAAGAAAGUAGUACACGAGGUAAUGGGAGGGAGGAAAAUCGGAGGCGUGAGGAGACGUAUACACUGAGGCUUAAAAGGCAUCAUGUGAACCUCCUUGUGUGUGUGUGUGUGUGUGUGUGACACAUCAGGUUGCUGUGCUCCUCGCUCCAUGUAAGACCUCUGCUCCGGUGUGUCUGCCGCCCUUGCUUUUCCUCCACUGGUAACAUGGAAAUGGCGAAGCGAGGCCUCUUGUUCUUGCACAGGGCCUGCUCUGCCUCGCUCACAAGGCAGGACCGACUCGACAUUCUCUUCGGCACCUUCUUCGUACACCUCGUACUGACAAUGUUGAGCAACUUGUGUGGCUGUCUGACCCAAAGCUUUCUCCUCUACAACGGCCUCUUCCUGGGCACCGUCAUCUGGAGUCUGCACCACCGCGAGUAUGAGGAGCCGCCCUUCUUGGCUAUGUGUACUGACUGCUUCGCCUUCGUUUUCGACGUAGUAAAUCUUUCAAUCUUCUGGCCAACGAUCAUGACUGGUUCCAUACAGUUCGGGCUCGUGAUGGCGAUGCUUAAUUUGGCACUGCGGCCCAUGUCCGCCUUCCUGCUGUACCGGGUGGUGCAGGACCGCGCUACUGACCACGGAGGAAGCAGCACCCUGCCUUCAAGUUUACAAGGCAUUUUUAAUCCCACCCCCUACGAGGACAUUGAUCAGGAAGGUGCGCAGGCUGUCAUCCCAAAUACCCAGACACCCAGGCACUCCAAGCAUUCCAAGGACCCUAUUGUUGCUUAGGGUGCUUAGGGACUCUCUCUCUCUCUCUCUCUCUCUCUCUCUCUCUCUCUCUCUCUCUCUCUCUCUCUCUGCAACACACACACACACACACAGUCCAAGUCUAAAACAAACCUUCAUUGUCUUGAGUCAUCCACUACUUAGUAUAAUAUCAUGGCUCCAAGACGAAGUAGCUGCUCUUUAGUUCCCCAUCAAUCUGUACGUUUUCUUUCACUUCAAAUGAGAAAGUAACUCUUUUUAAGGGGAACACGGCCUAGUCACACUCCGAAAACGGGUUGGAAGAACAAAAGAAUAUAGGAAAAUAAAAGGAAGCUGCAAGAACCCAUCAUAACAAAUAGGCAAAUAGGGUAUUAGGAUUAAUUUUUAGGAGUGUUAAAAGUAGAAGGCCCGAAGUAAUAUUAAAGUUAUAUUUGGCGCUGGUCAGACCUCAUCUAGACUACGCUGUGCCGUUCUGGUCCCCACAUUACAGGGAAGAUAUAGGUAUAUUAGGAUCAGUACAGAGGAGAAUGACUAAAAGGAUACAGGGGAUGAGUAGUAUUCCUUACGAUGCGAGACUGAAGCUGUUAAAUUUACAUUCUUUAGAGAGACGUAGGUUAAAAGGGGACCUGAUAGAAGUCUUUAAGUGGUAUAAGGGUUAUAACAAGGGGGAUGUAAGCAAAAUUCUUAGGAUCAGCAACCAGAAUAGAACAAGAAAUAAUAGGUUCAAGCUAGAAAAAUUUAGGUUUAGGGAAAGAGAUAGGAAGAAAUUGGUUCUCAAAUUGAGUGGUAGAUGAGUGGAACGGACUCAGCAAUCAUGAUGUUAGUGCUAAGACAUUAGGGAGCUUUAAGAGAAGAUUAGACGGGUUUAUAGAUGGGGAUGAUUUGUGGAAAUAGGUAGGUAUAUUUCAUACAGGGACUGCCACGUGUAAGUCUGGUGGCUUUAUGUUUAUCAUUGUUUAUGAUAGGAAUGAGUAGAGGAUUUGAUUGUAACUGCACUGAAUUGGGGAUUCCAAAGAGUAAAGGAAUGACUUAACGAUGUUUUUAUUCUAGCACUUUCACGGAAAUUAAUGCAAAAGGAAAAAAAAAAUAAA